AUGAAAGUUUCUUCAAGUCAAAGUAUGCAAGAGUUUAAAGAAGAGUCUUUUAUUGAUAGCCGGAGUGGUGCAUUGUUCUCCCAAUCUUGCCGGGAAGAGUUAUCCCUGAAGAAACAGAAUAAAGCCGUGCACGUGUCAAGCGCGAAGCACAAGGCCAACAAGGAGAAGAUGGAAAAGACUACAAAGGAAAGGCGAACUGCAGAUGCCAUAGCUAAGUAUGAUGAGGCACACCACCCUAAAGGUGAGACAAUUCCCAGUAGCACGAGUUUUUAGAGCAAAAGUUGUGCAAGCAUUUGUGAAGAGUGGAACACCAUCAAAUAGGACGAAAUAUUUCAGAGAUCUGUUUGAAGAAGGAUGCUUCACUUUGACAUCUUCAACCCACAUGAGCUAAUUGAUCCCUUUUGUUAUUGGGAAGGAAUAUAAAUCAAUAUCCAGGGAAAUACUGGGUAAGGAACUUUCUAUCAUGUUUGAUGGAACAACUCGAGAUGGUGAAGCCCUAGCUGUUCUGGCUCGUUUUCUGCAAGACUGGGACGUGAAAGUUGGGCUUAUGAGGUUUCAACUUGUAAAAAGUUCAGUUAACGAUGACAAGUUAGCUACAACCACCUGCAAAAGUACUUGAGACACUGUACCGUAUUUUGGCAUAAAUGGCCUGUCCAUGAUCUUGUGCUUGUGACCCCCCCUCCACCCCUUAUCAAAGUUGCUAGCAAUACAAGACCAUACUAAAAACUUGGAGGAACAACUUUGAAUGGGAGGGAGGAGGCAGUUCAGUAUUAUAUUUUACCGACCUGUGACCAGGAGCGAUUUGAGGCAAGAAAGGUCGUUUUUCCGUGGGAGUGUCUCAUCAUUUUUGCAACUGGUUGUCUGAUUCCUUCAUACCCCUAUAGCCGUGGUGCACGAUUAUUAAACGGGGUAAAACGUGGUGCACUCUUAGCACCUAAGGAGGUGGUUAUAAAAAACAGUAUUUCAUUUUUGUCGGUUUGCCUGUUUAAAAAUGGCGAGACAAAAACGGCAGUUGUUGGCCCUAUUGUUUAUGUGGUAAUAUGGAAGAAAUUGGGCUUUUAAAGGAAGCACGUGGGUUUUUGGUCUUAAAACGCUACAGAGAUGCGAAAAAUAAUAUAUUUUCUUCGAACUCGGUUGAAAGAUGUUUAUUUAUGGAAGGAAAGUGACGUAAGAUGCCUCGCUAGAUCAAGGAGAUAGCUUUUUGUUGUUGUUUCCGAUAAGUACGUGGACGUGGUUCCUCUUUUAUCGCCUGCCAUUUACAGGAAAGAAAAGUUACGCUAAAAAGCAGCUGUUGGCGACUUUACUUUACUUAACACAAGUUUGGAUUUGUGUUUACUCUUUGGUCGUCUUACAACUUUGUUUCGAUUUUGAAGCCCGAGUGUGGCCAUAGGCAUCAGAUAAUGAAAAUUCACGCGCGUAUUUCAGUAACAUAGUCGCGAGAGCUCGCAUAUAACGUGGCUUUGUGGUUCUGUACUUGGUAAGGAAAUUUAUUUCUUUGCAAAAAGGAAGACACUAUCCCCAAGAACAGCAAUUUUCCAGCACAGCAAUGUCAGGAAUUUACGUGCUUCAACGGUCUACACGGUCUACACGGUCUACCAUCAUAUGAGAUAAAUAUAAUAAUAUAUUCUAUUUCUUACUGUUGCAGAAUGGUAGACCGUCAGAAAAUAUAAAUUAACAUAGCACACAACUUUUUCUGCUCUCUAGCUCUAACGGACUUUAAUAACCAUCUUAUUUUCACCGUAGUAGAUGAAAAAAAUUGAACGGUUUUACUUUAACAGCGAUGUUGAAAAAUAAGUCACGCGGUAUACCGAUUACAUAACGCCAUUGCAUAUCAAAUGUCAUUGCGUUACAGAUACAGGGGUGAAAAUGAAGGUUUGGCAGUUUUAUUCGCAACUAUAGUAUCUCUAAAUACCAAGAAAAGGAAACUUAUGCUGUUAUUAUGCAUUCGCGCUUCUCAGAGUUUAAUUACAACGUCGAAACUUUAAGCUAUGUCACGGUAGAUAAUGGCGCAUGCGUUACAACAAAACUGAGGCAAAAUUUACAAGUCACUACAUUCUUAAGCGCUUUUUUAGGCAGUUUGCUAUCAAUGACAAUGAUGUAUCGGCUGGGAAAAGCAACACAAAGUGUCAUUCUAUUUAUUUAUGUCGCUAUAGUCUUCGUUUUGGGAAUUUAAGACCUGGAAAUCGCUUGUUGAAGUAAACCUUAAAUGAGACAACCAGCUGCAAAAGUACUUGAGACACUGUACCGUAUUUUGGCAUAAAUGGCCUGUCCAUGAUCUUGUGCUUGUGAACCCCCCUCCACCCCUUAUCAAAGUUGCUAGCAAUACAAGACCAUACUAAAAACUUGGAGGAACAACUUUGAAUGGGAGGGAGGAGGGAGUUCAGUAUUAUAUUUUACCGACCUGUGACCAGGAGCGAUUUGAAGCAAGAAAGGUCGUUUUUCCGUGGGAGUGUCUCAUCAUUUUUGCAACUGGUUGUAGCAUUAUAAUUGAGGUACUCCAUCGAAAGCUGAACGUUCCUCAAGGCUGCGUCUUAGCAGCAAUGAGUGGGACAGAGCGCCAGUCAACACCAAGGCAUUACAAACAUUGUCUGUGUUGUACCCGGAAAUGCUUGACAUUGGGUGCAUCUCCCACUUUCUAG